CCGAGAAUAGACGGAACGUGUUGUUUUCUCGAAUCGAGAACCGGAUCCGGGGCAAACUUGGCUCACACCAUAGGACUUGUAGCUGGGAACUGGGGGCAGCCCAAAAAAAAGCAUUUCACAGUCUAAACUGAACCAAAUCGCACACCACUACUGCAACGUAUGGUGAAGAAUAGCUACCACCAUCGAGCAGAACGUUCUUCAUUUGUGCCCCUCAUUUGUGCAGAGUCGACUGAAGACCCGUCCAGUGCUGGGGUGGUGGCGGGAGCUAUCCUGGGAAGCUUCUUGGCCCUCGUUUUGGUCGGCGCGUUGGUCACCGUCUUAAUCAUGCGAAGUCGUCGCCAGCAGCAGGGAUAUUCUGCUGAUGGUGAACAGAAUGUUUACGGCAACAAAACCCGUCUUUUCGGAGGCAAGAAGUCUAGUAAGAAUGGAGCAGGGGCCAACAACAAUGGACCAAUCUAUACCUAUCGGGAAAGUGAUCCCGGAGCCUUGACGGAGAAAUGCAACGAGUUCCCGCACAUGACCUCCAGCACGCCAACUGCUCACGACAUCCUGCUGAGUGGAGACCUCAACGAGGCUGAACGUCGGAAGUUUGAGGCUAUGAAUGACAGUCUGGAGGACGAAGAAGAGGAUGAGAGGUACGACCGUUUCAGCGGACUUCCACCCAGCUAUCAAAUCCACCGACAUGAGGAUGAGUGCGCACCUUACCUGGAUGAUGACAUGGAGUCCCAGCGAGAUGGGUCGAUCAUCUCCCGGACUGCCAUCUACGUCUAGAGGAUACGCCUGACUCAUAUUUACUUGAUCUUUUAAAGCAAAGACUGAAACGUGCCAUCCGAGAAGCGAAAGCGGAACAAUUAAGUCACAUCUUUGGACAAAAGCACUCAUUAUCAAGCAGAAAACUCAACUAUGUAUUGACGCUGCUCACCUCACGACGCUCACUUUUAAUGCAAAACACUGACUGAAUAUAAGAGAUUGUAUCGAUUGUCGUGUGACCUGUUGUUAACACCCAGAAUUCAUCUUUCAUUCACUCCCAUGCGCACAAUACUCAAGCAGGCCCUUUGAAGUGCACAGAAAGCCUUGUGAUUACCCAUACAAGGGUUGUCAAUGCUACUUUCGCGUGAGUGGCUCAGCAAGCUGUGACCCAGAAGCUGAGGCUGCUCUCGCCAGGUUGCAUACUGCGUCUUUUAUCGAAUGUCGUUUUCAAGAACAGCUGGAUGUUUUGUUUGCAAAACCGAAAACAGCAAACGCAACCGUCGUUCCAGCAUCUGGGUCACUCAUCUGUACCGCCGAUCAACUCCAGCUGGGAACGCUUUUAACUUUCCCUCCACCAUUUUUUUUAAGCUCUCGUUCAUUAAUCGGUUGUCUUGUUACACUAAAGGAAUUUUCUGAAUGACUCGAGGGGCUCGAGGCAGAGGUGUAAUAAUGUUUUCUUCAUUCUUUCCUGUCAACCUCUGCGGAAUGGUUUGUUCCAGGCCAUGUUUAAUUCAGAAGGCUGUGCAUUAGUGCAUCUUUGGGCGGAUGCGUGUGUUUUCCCUCCGUCCUGAUUAAUCCAGUUAUAUCAAGACCGUAAAACGCAACAUCUGAAAACUGCAGACAGGAGCACACCAAACGCCCACAGCUCAACUUCAGCCUCUCGCAUUAGCAUGACUCCUUCCAGAAGGAAAGCUAUUGUGCUGUCGACUAACUUCGCUAAAACAGAUUAAGUCGAUUAAUGCACAUCGUAGAUCGGCGUUUGAGAGAAACGCAAGUGAUGUGCCUUUGAGUGCUGGAUUAUUUGGAUGGAUCCCGGCGGGGGAGCGAUAAGCCAGGCGGCAUAUGCUGCCAGGUUCAGCGGAGUCCACAGUCUUGAAAAGAUGCCAGCUGUGAAAAAAGGUCAAGGGACGAAGCGCUCUCGCCGUAUGUUCGGCAGCAAGAUUAGGCCACUUGCUUCACCGUGUCCUAACUGGAGUGGGUCAGCAGUUUAUUUCCAAGCCUCUCGCACAAACCAAUUAUUUUUAUUUUUAUUUUGACGACAAACAAAGACAGUUUGUGGGUAACCAUAACAGUGUGUGUCCAGAUGUGGAUUCAUUUGUCCUCGGAUGUCGGCGAGUGCGUGUUUUGCAUAAUAGCAUUCAGCCUGUAUGGAUGCUUCGGCGGUGCUUUGAAUUACUUUGAGCCGUGACUCAUUCAUCCUUGGUUUCACGGCAUCGAGGCUUCGGUGGAGGAAGGUUAGACUGAUAAUGACAAAGGAGCAACACACUCACCCAUGCGACACUACCCAGAGAGAACUCCAUAUCCAGCAAAGCAGAUAUAGCAUGAGUAAUUUGGAGAUUAUGCUAUCUGGACCCAGUGACUGUAAAGGCAAUAGUUACUGUAGCCAACAGUGUUCACCCACGCUGCAGACUUGCAAGGCUGUUAAUUUCCCCCCGCUCCCUCCCUAAAGCUCUUCAAGUUGCAUCACUGCACUGAAAAAUAAGGAUGGGAAAGCUACUUUUCUGAGAGCUGCUCAGGCCUUGAAAUGUUCGAGCUGAUAUCUCAGACGGCGAAAUGAAGAUGCCGAGAGAGAAAAAGGGAAGCUUGUCAGUGAAUAGUGUUAUUAAGGUAUUAACGUCACCUGUUUAGUCGAAACUGGAGUCAAUGUCAGGCAGAUUGAUGCUUUCAGAGAGACCUGUGAUGUGUUGUGAGGUACUAUACUAAAUGAUGGAUGCGAACAAUCAAUGCUUUUCAAGACUCAAGAAGACAAAUGCUGCCAAAUCAAGUGUUCACAACUCUUAGUAUCAGUGUUUUAACAGUAUUUUUGUUUUAUGAAUGUUACUAUAGAAUAUUACGCCCCAUUCACACGGGGCUUCAGCGCCAACGCUUGACAGAGGGCGUGUCUGAAGUUGGGGCUGACGCGAUUGUCAUUGCAGCGUCAGCCAAUGAAAUUAUUCAGUAACAGGCCACUGCCUGAGCUGGUGUAUUUGCAUACAGCAAUCUGAUUGGCUGACGCUUCCGUCGGCGCUUGAAAAGUUGAGCAAGUCCCAACUUCUGCAGCGAGCAGCUCCUCUGAAGCGGCGCCGACGGAUCCACAAUGCAGUUCGGCAACGCCUGACAUCACCCAUUCAAAGUGAAUGGGAAGCGUUGAAGCUGACGCCUUGUGUGAAUGGGGCAUGAGUGUUAAGAUUAGAUAUUGAUGCCAUGUCCUCAUUUGCACAAUCCCAGGGCUACAUAAUAACUAAUUAGUGAAAUACCUGUUGAAUCAGAAAUAUAUCUGGGUUACAUUUUCCUGCAGAAUCAAAACAGAUAGAUAUAAACAUGUUGGUUUAAGACCAAUUUACAAUAUAUCUAUUAACAAUUACUUUAUUUGACUGGACACAUCUCAUCUUUGACCCAUAUAUAUGUACAGUAUAUACACAGCAGUCAACGUUUGAAGUGGGUUAAAAAAGGUUUUCAAAAUUAAGACAAAGUAUGGUUGUUCUUUAGUCAAGAUUAAGGCCCAAUCCCAAUUCUAGCCCUUCCCCUUACCCCUAAUCCUCAUUUUGUGUGUUCACGUAAAGGGGUUAGGAUGUCCCAAUUCUAUUUAGCUUGAAGGUGUAGGGCUAAGGGGAAGGGCUAGAUAACCCUUGAAACAGAGAUUUUUCAGCACCACACUCGAAACUACGGGGUACGAAAAUUUCCUAGAAUUCACCAUCUACAACGACAGCAUGGCUGCACACGGAAGUAAGAAAAUGCUGAAAUUUGUGUUUUUUUAAAUCAUUUUUACGAAUUUUGUCAACAAACAAGGAUAUGUUUCAAUACAUUCAUAAUUGUGUUCGUGUUUUACUGCCAUGCUUUAAAAAACACACACACAAAUAACGCUAAAUUGCAGUAUCUAUAAUCCAUAGUAAUAACUCCCACAACAUACUUCACAUCUGUCACUCGGACACUCCAAUACCCUGUCAGAAAAGUCUAGUGGCUGGGAAUGACCUUUUUACAGUGUCUGCUAUAAUGUUAAUGUUGUUUUUCGUGUGUUUACGUAGAUGAAUAUGGCGUCUGUGUAAAUACACAGCACAGUUACGAGCUUAUUGCCACAUUAUAUAGUUAUGAUAACAUGACAUCGUUGCCUUCAGUGUUUUACUGAAGAUAAAUACCAAUAAAUUACACAACUGGAAUAACUACAGUGGUCACCAUCGUCAAUCAAAGUAACAUAUGAUGACGUUUGCAGGUGUUGUAGUGGUAUCCCAUUUCUUAGGGGUAAAAUUUGAAGCCAAUCUACUUCACACUCUGUUUCAAGGUCCAAGUGGAAUGGGUAGGGGUAAAAAAAAAGACUUGGGAUUGGGCCUAAGACUUAGGCUGCAUUUACACUGCAGAUCUUGAUGGUCAGUUCCGAUUUUGUGAAUGUAUCCGAUUUUUUUUAUGUUGACCAGCUUACAUCAACUUCUAAACGUGACUCGUAUCCGAUUGUCUGUAUUUACACAGUACACGGCAAAGGCACAAUGACCAGGAAAAAAGUGUGGGCGCUGACUGACAGCUAAUAAUAAAAGAGCGCCCUUUUCUCCGUUCCUGUAUUUAAUGCGUGUGCAGGGUUUUAAUUUGUUUUUAGUUAGUAGUUUAUGACAGAAAAGUUCUCAUUUGGCCAUCUUCUUUUAAUCUAGGCCUUUUUAAACCAGCAGGCAUUUUAAGGUCAUGCCCGUGGCGUGAUUUCGGCAUGUGAUGUAUGCAAUAGUUUUAUAUUAAUUUAUAUUGGUUGCUUGGCGGAUAUUGCGCUCUCUCUCUCUCGUUAAUAUGCUUAAAUACUUGUGCUACAUGACAAAAUAAAAGCUUUUUUAGUCCUUGUGUAUGAGGUUUAAGGUUUGGGACUCUUAAAGCGCCAGACUUGACAUCAUUCACUGUGGUUAUUAAUGACGCGCGACUCGCAUUGACGGGUAAAAAUCCGAUCUAACUGCUUACACUGCAGACACAAGGAGCCAGAUCCAAUUCAUAUCAGAUAAAUUUCCACAUAUGAAC